AAACAAAUUAAAAAUAAUUAUUUCUUAAUUAAUUAAAAAAGACAAUGUAAGAUUAGGGGAACCGCCCCAGAUCGAAGCAAACCACAAAGAGACGCAGGGCACCAAAGCGAUGGGUUUAAAUGAGUUGCGAAUGGGUCAAGAGACUGAAACUGAGGUCAGGUCUAACAGUCUGGUGUCCGUUGUUGAACUUCCUUGCGGUAACUAUGUUGGAGUUAUGUAAGAGGAUAAGACUGUCAUCACACAUCUAGUCUACCAAUCAAUAGCCUCUGGCUGCCCCCGCCGCCACCCCUCCCCGGCUAUUUAGGACGAUUAUUCACAUCAUCCCCUCUCUUCUCUCAUCUCCGGCCCGAGCCUUUUCCCCAUUUCCCUUCCCUGCACCCUCCGCCUCCCGUCCAGCUGGUUCCUUGGUUUGAGUUGUCCCUGCGCUCUCUUGCCAGCUGGUCGUCCAGUCGUCUGGCACUCUGCCCUCUCUGGUGCUCUCCACCUGUGCGUUUCUCGCUCGCUGCCUCUCCAGGUGAGCACGGUGUACCCUGCAGGACCCCCCGCUGCGCGUGUGCGCUUUGAACUCUUGCAAGAUCGCACAACAGUUGGGAGAAACUUCAGCUGCUUGGGUCCGCGACGAGCAUCGCAUCCUAGCCCCGCGACCGACCGACACUCGCGUGAGGCUGGGCCAGGUGACCGCACUUUUGCGCGAUGGGCUGCUCCAGCAGCGCCCUCAACAAGGCGGGCGACAACGGCAGGUUCCGCAGCGGAGUACCUUCGGACGAGGAGAAUGCCUCCACCGGAGGACAAAGCGAGUUCUGCGUGGCCCAGCCCGCACCCGCAAGAGAAGAUGCUGCCUUUCGCAGCGGUGCACAAAGGACCGGCUCUGCCCCGUUGGAGAAGCCCAAGGCUUCGGUGGUGCCGACGGCGGCCAACGGGGUUAAAUCCUGCCACCGCCCGUCUCUGGCAAAGGAUGAGCCCCCCAGAAAGGAGGCCGUGGACCAGCUGGGACUCGCAGGGGGCACUGAGCCUGCAGUGCGAGGGGGAGAACAGGAGGCGCCUUCGCCGGGAGGCAAAGAGCAGGAUGCUGCGCCGGGAGCACAGGAAACCGAGAAAGAUGCGCAAACGAGCCCAGGGGCGCAGUGGUUAAGAGGAAACGUGGAGACCGGGCCUCCGAGGACAUCGGGAGAGAGAGGGGAGUCCCCCGGAGCAGGGGAUGGGGACACUGAGAUUCUGCAGACUGCAGCAGGGACGAAGCUUCUGGACACAGCCGGGGAUGCUGCUCUGCUUCUGGGGACAGCCAAGGAGCUGCCACCCGAGGAAGCGGCGACAGGAAGGGCCCCACAGCCCCCGACUGCAGCAGCAGGAGGGGUGGGGGACUACGGGGACACUGAGAUUCUGCAGACUGCAGGAGGGACAAAGCCUCUAGAGACCGCAGGGGAUGCUCCUCUGCCUCUGGGGACAGCCAAGGAGCUGCCACCUGCAGAAGCAGAGGGGACAAGGGACGCACAACCCCCGACUGCAGCAGCAGAAGAGGUGGGGGACCAUGGGGACACUGAGAUUCUGCAGACUGCAGCAGGGACGAAGCCUCUGGACACAGCCGGGGAUGCUGCUCUGCCUCUGGGGACAGCCAAGGAGCUGCCACCCGAAGAAGCAGAGGCGACGGGAAUGGACGCACAGCCCCCGACUGUAGAAGCAGGUCCCGGAGAGAACCGCGCUCCCGAAGCAGCCGAAGGGGGUCAGCCUGCAGAGAGCGGUAGCGGGGAAGAGCAGCAGGGGCAGGGACCCCGGGAAACAGCGCGCAAAGGCGAGCUUCGGCCCCGACUUCUGGAAAUCGGUCUCCAAGAGGAUGAGACCCCGCGCAUCACGCCAGACGAUGGAAGCCAAAUCGUGAACGCUCCUGAAACGAACGAGCCACACUGUGAGACUCCCGACGAUGGGACCAGAGCCGCCCGUGGAUCUCAGCCUGAAGCGAUGGUUGGAAGCGGGGAGCAGCUGGGGAUGGCCGGAGAAAUUGAUGCAGCCGAUAAGGAGGAGCAACACGUUGAAGGCGAGACUGGAGAAAAGAUGGACACAGAGAUGAAAAACAAGAAAGAAAGCCAAGCCAAAGAGAAGGAAACGGGAGAAGCCGUGGAUCUUGGAGCCGCAGGGGACAGCGACAGGAGGGAUGGUGGGCACAGCCUGUUAUAGCCAAGGGCGGGACAAUCCCAGGCUAUGGGGGGGAGGGGGCAUGGGUGCUGUCUUUCUGUGGCUACACGGUUUAUAUUACAAGGGGAGUGAGGCUGGAAUCUAGAGAAUAAAUACUGGUUUUUGAUUGUGUUACGCCAUAAAAGUGCUAGACAGGUUUUUUUGUUGUUAGGUACUUAGGACAAUUAUGCAUUCAAAGUGACAAUAGCCAGGACCCAUUAAGAACUGUAAGAUCAUUUAAGAAAGCAAAGGUGGUUUUCUUCCUUGGGGCCGUGGGUCCAUUCAGGAUGAAAUGAGGGGACGGGGCUGGAGGAAGAAUUAGCAAAAUGUAAGGAACUCAUGAUAGCAGAGUUAGGUAGUUAUAAUAAUGAUGGAAAAAGAAUGAAUACCCCCUCCCCCCAGAACACAGGAUGAACUACAACUAAUAUUUCUGUCCUGUGAUAGGAGUUAUAUCUGUAUCUGCUGCCGGGGUGCUAGCCAAAGGUUCCACAUUUUGUUGCAGUGAAAGGGGUCCACAUUUUCCAUGUGCCAUUUUGAAUCGGCUGCUGGUUUUAUACUUGAGGUGUUUCGGUUUGGUGAUUUUAAUUUUUUUGUUGCUGUUGUUGUUAUACUUACUAACAGUAAAAUAAUUUUUAGUUAGUUGACUUUUAAUGCAUUCCCGAGGCAAUGACAGACAAAACGAACCCAGCAAGGAUGAAAGUCCUAGCUUGAGGGCUGUGGCGAGAGACAGCUUAGCAGCUGAAGUCUUUGCAGCCAAGCAGAAGAAUGGGAAUUGGAGUCUCAGAAACAGGUCUGGGUGGGCGUGGUGGAAGCUGCCCCUUAAAUCUAGCCCAGGAGGCAGAGACAGGAUCCUCAGAGCAGGCUGGCUCCUGAGAUAACCUUACUGCCAAGCUGUGGGUUUGACUGAAGGAAGCUGCUUUAAAGAAUAAGGUGAAGUCGGGAUUGAGGGAUGAUUCUGAGAUCAACUUUGUCCCUCUACACACACACACAUGCACACGUAUUUCUUCACACAUAUGUGAGCAUGUAUGCACGCACACCACACACACACACACAGAGCACCCAUGACAUGUAUUUCUCCACAUAUGUGAGCAUACAUGCACACACCACACACACAUACACACGCACGCACACAAGGAUUUAAAUGAAUUUACAAUGUAUCACAGAAAGUCAUUUUUCCAGAGUCCUUCCAGAGCGAGCAAGGGACUUGGGUGAUGAUUGUGUGUGAAUCUCACUACAGAGGUUAAUUUGUUCUUUGUUAAGUGCUCUGUGUUGAUGGAAAAUCAAGGUAACAGAUACGGCAAUAGGCUUUAAUUCCAGCACUCGGGAGGCAGAGGCAGGUGGAUCUCAGUGAGCUGGAGGCCAGCCUGGUCUACAAAGUGAGAUCUCGGUCAGCCAAGGCUACACAGCAAGACCCUGUUUCAAAAACAACAACAAAAAUAAAAAGGAUAUGGUAACAGUAAAGAAAUAUGAGUGACUUGUUUUUUAAGUAUCUUGUAGUGUGUUUAACUUUUAUUUGUUUAUUUUGAGACAGGGUCUCAUGUACCCCAGGGUGGUGUCCUGGAACUCACUAUGAAGCCAAAGAUGACCUUGAACUUCUAAUCCUCCUGCCUCCACUCCUGAGUGCUCAUUCUAGGCAUGCGCCUGGUUUAUUAUAACCAACAUUGCCAUUCUUCUUGACAUUUA